AUGGAGAACCACAACUCCACAUCCGAUGCCGUCCCCAGUGACGCUGUUUCGGAUCAGGCAUAUACUCCUUAUUGGCAAAAUAGCCAUGAUUCAGGACAUUCGGACAAUCCUUCUCCAGACCGUCCACCGCCCAUCAUCCUCGAAGAUCAUACCGAAUCUCGAGCAGCCAGCAGAGCGGCGCUUUGGGCCAAGUCCAUAACCAUUGAUGACUAUGUCAUUGUCCAUGGCAGUCCUCCGGGCAUCGGAGCCUACGUGGUGUGGAAUUGCAAAGUCCAAACACUCGAUGGAGGGCCCAUGACCAUUCGCAAACGAUACUCGGAAUUUGCCGAGCUACGGAGCAGGUUGAUCAGAGCAUUUCCUCAAUCGACUAAGACCUCGCUCCCACCACUGCCCCCCAAAAGCGCCAUCUACAAAUUUCAACCCAAGUUCCUGGAGAGGAGGCGGGAAGGUCUGGCCUACUUUCUGAGCUGCGUCAUGCUCAAUCCGGAAUAUGCUGGUUCGACGAUUGUCAAAGAUUUCAUCUUUCCACCAGAGUCGACUUGA